GCCUGACCUUGGCAGACCGCAGCGAGACAGGGACACAUAGCAACUAGGGAGGGGGAGUGAUCUUGUGAAAUGCUGAGUGUCCUCAGUGCCACCUGGUCUCAAUGAGAGACCUUCACAGUUACUCCACCGAACUGCCAUCUGGACAAAUGAAGAUGGACUGCGACUCUGGCAAGUCAUUCAAACCCCAGGGUGUCAAAGUGAGCAAAUCUAUGUCUACCAUUUGCUCUUCCUCAAGUAAUGCCAACUGCCAUGAAAGCCACCCCAUCCAAGGCCCUGCGAGGCAAGCUCAGGGUAGGAACCACAGUGAAAAACUGUCCCCGUCCCCAGAUAUCAUGUCAGCUGCCGCUAGAGAGAGUCAAAUAUCAGACUUCUAUAAUGGCAAUGUGGCCCUGGGGUGCCCCUCUGACACCUCGGAGAAGUUCCACCAAAGGGUUGCCAAGGAGAGCAGGUGGAAUGGGGAGACCACUCCGAAGGAAAUCAUGGCAACAAAGAGAAUAGCCAAUGCCCCCAAGGAUUCUCCCAUCAAGCGUACUUUCCUGUUUGGGGAAAACAAAAUUGACAACGGCAGCAAGAUGUCCCUGAAGAAAUCUACUGUCCAUAAGCUGCCUGAGAAGGGUUGUUCUCCGCUAGCUGUUUCCAGAGAAGGGCCGGAUGGCUUGAGAGGAGAGACACAGGCAUGGUCCAGCGUGACCCAGAGAAAGAAAAGGCGAGACCUUUUCCCAGACUCAAAGGUUUUCAGCCACAUAGACGCUCAUGUUCUGCGUGUGAGCGAGCAGAUAAAAUCAAAGCCGGCUUUGCCGUCAGUCCAGACCAUUGUUCAGCUGAUUACUGAUGAGGCCCAAAGCAAACUGGAGACCGUGCGAGCAAUAUGGAUAUGGCUGUGUCACAAUAUCCGAUAUGAUGUGGAUGGCUUCUUAGGGUUAUCUCAGAAGAUCCAUACCCCAGAACAGGUCCGGCAAACUGGAAGAGGCGUGUGCUCCGGUUAUGCCCAUUUAUGCCGAGAAAUGUGCAGGGAGGCAGGUGUGAGCUGCAUUGAAGUGUCGGGCUACGGGAGAGGUACCGGAUACCAACAAGGGCAAAAUUGCCAACAAAAGAAAUCCAACCACAUGUGGAAUGCAGUUCAGCUGGAAGGACAGUGGUACCUGCUGGAUGCAUGCUGGGGUGCAGGCACUGUGGAUGCAGAGAAGAGAUUGUUUAUACCCAGGUAUGACGACUUCUUCUUUCUAACCGACCCUGAGCAUUUCAUUGAGACCCACUGGCCUGAUGAGCCAGAAUGGCAGCUUGUGCAGCCGCGUGUCUCGCUGGAAGACUUUGAACAGAGAGUUUUUAAAACGUCGGAGUUUUUUAAACUGCAGCUCUCCCUUCUUUCUCCAAACCACUCCCUUCUCAAAACAGAACACGGGGAAGCAACAGUGUCUCUGAGGAGCACACAUCCAGCAGAAUUUAGCUACCAUCUCUCCAAGCUCUGUGGCAACGUUAGCAAAGAAGCUUUAGGCACGACUCAUGGGAUGCUGACAGUGUCUGAGAAGAGCAUGACUCUCAAAGUUCUCCCCCCUACGGAGGGCUUGUUUGAGCUGAUGAUCUUCGCGCGGCCGGCGGACACUCAGAACCCCUAUAGCUGGGUGUGUUCCUAUCAGAUCAAGUGCCUGGAGUCACACAAGAAAGAACUGCCUGAAAACCCCUUUCAUUUCUGGGGCCUCCAUCCGAAGGGGAAAGACUUUGGGAUCGAGGAGAGCAACUGCGGCGAGGACCUGAUUGUUGUUGCAACAGGAACUUUGCUGUUGACGCUACAGACAUCUAGACCCUUGCUGGCCACGUACCAGCUGGUGAAUAAAGAUCUAGACACCUCCCUGAGCAUGAAGUGCCUGGCCUCUCAAGCAGAGGAGGAGAAGCUGAGUUGCCACGUGUUGUGUCCUUUUCUGGGUUACUACAGACUCUCUGUGUUUGUGAAAGAUUUAGGAGGUGACCUGUUCAAAAAUGCAGCCAACUUCCUCAUUCGUUGCUCUGGUCCCAUCAACCAGAACGAGCUCUUCCCAUCUGGCCUCAGCAUGCACUGUGGGACAGGGAUCAGCACUGGCUGUAGGGGCUUUUCUAACCCCAGCCACCCUGCCCCCAUCAUCAACACCAACCAGGGUAAGUGCAACAUCACGUUCCACACCCGGUCGGACACCGAAGUGGCCGCCAUCCUGAGUAAGGACAAAGUGACCAACACCAAGUACCCCAUGGAGAGAUACGUCCUGCUCACCCAUCUGGGAAACAAGGUCAGUGUCUGUAUCCUGCUUCCUGAAUCAGGCCUCUACAAAGUGGGGCUCUUCAGCAGGAACAAGGACCACAAGGAUUUUGCUCAUGUCUGUGACUACGUUGUCCGCUGCUUUUCCGAGCCACGGUGUCUUCCAUUCCCCCGAGUGUACAGCAUGUGGAGGAAAGGCUGCAUCUUGCUACAGCCCAGGACGGGGGUGCUCCAGGAACGAAGCUGGAUUAAGUUCAGAGUCAAGCUGCCAAAAGCCUAUAGAGCUCUCGUGGUCGGGCAAUCCAGGACUGAACUGCAGCCAACUUGCAGCAAGAUCUGGGAGGGGGAGGUGUACACCGGGCUCGCUCGGACUGUGCUCAAGCUGGCAGUGAAGUUCAGUCAGCAUUCCACCAGCAUGGAUGUCAUCCUGUCAUUUGAUGUGGAAGGCAGCUCCCCCAGUUCAGAGGGGUCUUCAGGGUAAAUGAUCCAGAGAUAUGGGGAAGCUGGAAAUGAUCAGGAGAGUGAUGGAAGCAAGCAAGAAGCUCUCAAAAUUGAGGUGCUUUGAUAAGAGACAUAAAUAAGUCCAAUGUAGGAGCAUGUCAGGUGGAGGUGCAGAAUUGUACAUUGCAUAUCAUUUUCUGCAAGAUAUCCUGAGGUGCCUAGAGAUGAUGCAGCAAUUUAAUCAGAACCAGAACGCUGAAAACUCCUAAUAGUCUACAUGUAACGGGGGAAACCGUUGUUUGACACCUCUCCAGGAAGAUUGUUUAACUGCUUAUUACCAGAUUGAAUAAUUGUUCAGCAUGUUUUAGUUAAAAGAAAAGGAGGACUUGUGGCACCUUAGAGACUAACCAAUUUAUUUGAGCAUGAGCUUUCGUGAGCUACAGCUCACUUCAAAUAAAUUGGUUAGUCUCUAAGGUGCCACAAGUACUCCUUUUCUUUUUGCGAAUACAGACUAACACGGCUGUUACUCUGAAACCAUGUUUUAGUUGACAUUUCUUCAAGAUCUUGGGAAUUAACAGGGUUUUUUUCCUCCUCAGAGCAAAAAAAAAAAAAAAAACAAACCUGGAGCCAAAAGCAUCAGGUGGUAGCAAUAUUUUUAAAAACAUAAAUAUGUAUAAAGGAAGUUAAUCAUUUCCUGAUGGAGUCCAUGCUAGCGAGGGAGAAUGUGUGUCAUUUUUAACUGCCGCUUUAAAAUUUCUCCCAGGAUCUGAAGAAUGGAGUCUACCAGUCCUUCACUAGCCAGCUUGAUGCGUAAGUGCACUGUACAUGUGUGUGCUGAUGAUCUGGAGCGAGAGCUGGGAGUGGGUACAGCCGGCAGGAAAGCAGUUCCUUGGCCUAGAUACACCAUAUAAAUAAUAGAAAAGCCUGGUCAGAGAAGCAAUUAUAACCUGACACAUGCUAAAAGGCAGCCUUGUAGCAGAGAUAAGAACACUGAACGGGCAGCUUGCUACAUAUAACAGCAUGGAUUCUACUAGUCAUAUAUUCUUCCAGAACGUGUGUAUAAUUUAUAAAAACACGGACACAAAGAGUAAUUACAUUGCCAACCACCAAAACGCAGCCACCUCUGGGGUGGUGCUAGACAACUGAAUGUUGCACAGCAAUAUUAUGUGACAGUUUAGGAUAGGAAGAGCUGGUUACUAUCUCCAACUGCACCGCCAAAAGGAAUCUUUACAACAGGGUUUAGCUCAGCAUUUCCACCUUGUUUGGAACAUAUGAACUGCCCCUCUUUUAGAAGCUGCUGUCACUGCUGGGGGACUAGAGAGGGCAAGAGCAAAGAAGUGGGUAUCUGUACAACAUCCAGUGAAACCAUCUCCACACCCGCUCCACACUGAUGUUUUAAAUGGAAAUUCUGGCUGCAAUACCUUUGAAUGAGGUCUAGGGUUAUUUUUGGAUGCUUUUAAAGAAACAGACGGGGCACUGUCCACUGUUAUUCAGAGGCAGCCUAUUGUGUUUGAUGUACUGAAGAAGUUGGAUAAAAAUGGCUUUUACUUAACUUCAGCCGGCUUUUCCAGGGCAUGGAAAAUAAUCAAACAUCUGAGCUGCUACACUGGUGAAGGCCAAGGGCCCCAUUUUACAGGAGCUGAAGAACUAAUUGGGAAAGCACAAAAGUCCUGGAAUAAUAGGGAGAAAAUCCUGCCAGGAACAUGAUACAAGGAUAAUUCAGAACCAAGAUGGAUCUGCCUGGGAAGCGUACACAUUGCCAACAAGCUAGAAGCACAGAGCACCUGGCAAGGAGGGAGGUGUGACUGUGAUUACAAGUAUCUGUCAAUAAAGUGUGUCUCCCAAGAUGCACCUGGGCAUUUGUUACACAUUUAAGUUUCUUUUUCAAAAAGAUAAGGAUCAAGGACAGACACUGCUCACACUUACACACAACCCCACUGACUCUCAGUUCAGUGGGCUUGUAGGGAUAGACUGAGAACAGAAUUGGGUCCAGUGUGCUAAAGAUUUAGCUCAAGGAAGGUAGGAAACCAUGUUCCCCAAAAGGGAGAACAGUCAGAGUACCACAAAUACAGGACAGCCUAUAAAUAAAUGGGUAGGGAAGUGAAUCGUCAGUGGAGAAGGGGAUGUUUGAGACCGUGAUGGUUUCUCAACAGGUGCAUCCUCUCAAGAAUAUCUUCCUUUUCCUUUUGUUUUGAAACAAUGGACCAGAUUCUCAGCUGGCGUAAAUGCAUUGAAGUCCGAACUGGGCAGUACUGCCUAGGGGCAAUACUCUGGGCUGGGUCAGCCGGUGGCGGGAGUCAAUGGCUGGGAGUAGGGAAGCCUGGGUCCUUCCUGCUCCACCGGGUUCCAAGCCAGGGCCCAAUAAAUAGUACUUCAAACCAUGCAGCCUAUGGGAUGGGCACCCCUACGCCUGCUCCCUGGGCUACUUCCUACCCUGAAUUCGGUUCCUCUGGGGGUGCCACUUGUUUACUCCUUAGUCCUCUCUGGUCACACUCCAGAGGGGCUUCCUCUCCCAGUCACAGCUCCUCGUCAUUGACCUCCACAGCUGAAGGGCCUGCAGCAGCUUGGCAGUAGCACCUGAUCCCGGCUGCAUGGGGCCUUAGUGGCUUCUUGGCAGGAGCCUGCACUACACAGCUACUCUCCUGCUCCGUCCACCUAGACUGAACUGAACUGCUCCCUGCCUCCACUGUGAGCAUGCCCAGCAGGGGCAGCUGGGCAAGGUUUUCUAGGCCCAGAGCUGCUCCUUAACCCUUCACAGCACACCUUGAUUAAACUGAACAGGACGGUGCCACUUUAUACCAGCUGUGGAUCAGGGCCAAUAUUUCCCCUCUUUCCCCCAAAAAAUCAAUUGAAGAGGGAAAGGAGCUGCCCAGCAGGCCAGACAAGGUGAUCAUAAAGGUCCCUUUUGGCCUUAAAAAUCUAUGAGUCACCAAGGAAAUUUGGUGUGUGUCAUGUUCAUGCACUCCUCUGUCUAAAGGAGAUCUGUCAUCUCCUUUGUGCACCAAACCUAUAUGGUAUUACCCUUCACAUGUAAGGCUUUCCCUUCUGCUCAGAUCCCUUUUGGUGGGAGUCACUUGCCUGAAAUGUCACCAUUUAUUCCAACGGUCUCUCUCACAAAGAUUAUUUUAAAGCGUUAAAGUGCUUAAAAUUGGAUGGUUAGAGGGGAGGACAGAACUGGAGUAAAAGAGCAACAGAAAAAGGGGUAUCUAGCCAGAAAAAGAAAUGAUCUCAUCGGCUCCAAUCCUGCAAACAGAUCUACACAGGCAGAGAUGGCUCAAGAGGCAACAUAGCCUAGAGCUCAGAGUACCGCCCUGUGAGUCAAGUAGGCUGGGUAGAUCCAGCUCUCCUAUUUAACUGGUGCGUGACCUGGGGCAAGUCCCUUCAUCUUCCUGUGCCUCUGUUUUCCCUCCCCCUUUUGUCUUGUCAAUUUCAUAGACUUUAAGGCCAGAAGGGACCAUUAGAUCAUUUAACCUGACCUCCCGUAGAGCACAAGCCAUUCCAUUUCACCCAGGCAGCCCAGCAUUGAGCUCAAUCACUGGUAGGUUUGACUAAAGCACGUCUUGGGGUUGGCUAAAGCGCAUCUUCCAGAAAGACAUCCAGUCGCCAUAGAUGGGGAAUUCGCCACUUCCUGUGGUAGUCUGUUUCAGUGGUGAUUCACCCUCACUGUUAAAAAGAUGUGCUAAUUUCUAGUUUGAAUUUGUCUGGCUUCAGCUUCCAGCCACUAGUUCUUGUGCUGCCUUUCUCUGCUUGACUAGAGAACUCUUUUGUGCCUGGUAUUUUCUCCCUGUGAAGGUACUUUGACACUGUAAUCAAGCCAUUUCUCAAGCUUCUUUUUGAUAAACCAAACACACUGAGCGCAAAGUCUCUUACUAAAAAACCUUUUCUCUAACCCUCCAGUCAUUUUUGAGGCUCUUUUCUGUAUCCUCUCCAAUUUUUCAAUGUCCUCUUUAAAAUGUGGACACUGGAAAUGUACACAGUAUUUGUGAUGUUGGCAGACCAGGUGCCAGCUCAUGCCUAGGCCCCUAGGCCUCUGAACCCUGACAAAAGCACAGCUGGAAACCAGACUGGCUCACCCGUGUGUUAGUGUUGUUAAAAUGGUAUUUGAUUUAUAAAAAAAUGUGUUUAAACUUUAUGAAAUGCUUGUAAGUUGCUGCAUGCAUUAAUCUCAUUUAUAGUCUUUUUACCCCAUGUUAUAAGGUACUAUUUAAAUGUUUUCUCUAUAACUAUCAGUGUUUGUAAUGAAACUGGAAACCCCUGCAGACUAAAGAGAAGCAUUACCAAGUUUGAAAUAUUAGUUUACCACAAGAGAUGUCAUCUCCUGCCCAACAAAAGAAGGCCUAUAGACAUCAGACAAGCCACUGUGGACCAUCGGUGGACAAAAGACUAUGUUGAUUGCUCCCUCCACAUCCAUGAAGAGGAGACAUGCACAAACGCUCAUCCCAUCAGCUUGAGCUCUGGGGAAAGCGAAUAAAAAUCCCGGUCAAGAAAAAAUGUUUAUCCUUGUGCUGCUUGGACUUCAGGGAGAGGGCAAGACUUCUAAGCAUAAGCAAGGGAUCCCCAGCUGUUUAGCUUGGGUAAGCCCUAAAGGACUCUCUCAGCUUGCACAUUACAGCAGCUUCGAUCGUUUUUUGGAAUCUAAGGCCUUGUCUACACUGCAGAGUUGUGUCUCCAAAAGGCAGCUUUGGACACACUACAGUGCCACUUUGGGCGACAAAACUCUUCACUUUCAAUGACAAAAUAAAACCUCCUUGACGAGAGGCAUAAAGCUUCUUGCGUCAAAGUUAAAACAACAAAGUCUCAGUGUAGACACUCUCGUUCAUUAUGUCACAAGAACUGGCCUCCCCCAGUAUCCCAAAAUGCCUGCCCUGACCCUUCCGCGAACUGUUUUGAACUCAGCAGCCCUGCGCCCCUCCCCUUUCAAAGCUCCAUGCAGACAGCUGAGCAUGGUGCUCGGCUCCAAGCAGCCAGGAGCAAACCACUUACAUGGAACGCUCCUGCUCUCUCCCACGCUAGGAACAGAGGCAGGCAGGGACAGAUGUGUGUGUGAGAAAGAGAGACUGCUGUGCUGUGCAGAGCCAGGGGCUGAUGCUGGGGGUGUCCCCCUUCCCCCAGGACUGGUUGUUUCCGGCAGCUGUCUGAACUUACAAGACAGUGUGUCGACACACUCACGCUCUUACAACACAGACGCCCCCAACACACACUGUCUCUCACAUACACCCUCCCGCUCUCUCACACACUGCCCCAACAUACACGGUCUCCCCUGCACACACCCAUACACACUCCCUGUCGCGCACACUCCUCCCCACCUCACCCCUUGCACGUUUCAGUUGAAAAGCGGCUGGCAGUCUAGUAGGAUGCCCAUGGAACAAGGGGACAAACUUUGACAAACUUGCAUCAUGUGAUGCCGCACCUGCCCCAUGAGGCAUUGCAAACCCUUCCCAAAGCUCCCUGCGGCCAGUCGCACAGUGCACCGCUCUCUGUGUUGAUGCAAGAGCUCCUAGUGUGGACGCUCCCCGCCGGCGCAAGGAGCAUAGUGUGGACUUGCAACAGCGCUUUAAUUAAAAUGGCAUAACUUUUGGCGACAAAACUCUGCAGUGUAGACAUACACACACAAAUGUUACAGUUUUAGGCUAUGUUGACCUGCUUUAACCUUGUAAAUAACUUUUAUUUCUUUC